UAUGGGUGCAUCUCCAACUAAAUAGGCUUGUUAAGAUCUUUAGUAAACACCUAAACAUAAUUAAUCACCUUCGCAGAUUAAGGAUUUUGAUUUGGAUAAGUAUUAAGAAGAAGUCAUUUUAUGGCCUAUUAUGAUAUAAAAAAUUGAAAAUGUUGGUUCAAAUAUAAGCCAAGGUCAGAAGUAAGAUAUUUGUUCUAUUUUUUGUAGAGAAAAUAAUCAGUAAAAUAAUUAGGGAUAAUCAAUCAUUAUUUAAUUUGAUAAUUAAUAGUAAGAUUAAGAAUAAUAGUUGUAGUAAUAGUAAUAGCAAUAGUAAUAUUAAUAGUAAUAGUAAUAGCAAUAAUAAUAGUAGUAAUAAUAACAAUAAUAACAAUAAUAAUAAUAACAAUAAUAAUAAUUAUAAUUAUAAUAAUUUUCGUAAUAGUAAUAACAAUCAGAAAAAAGUGAGUAAGAAGAAAAUAAUGAUAAAGAACAAUAAGAAAACUAAGAUCUAGCUUUUUAAACAUAGAUUUAAGGAAUAUCACCAAUUUUAAACUCGUCCUCAUAAGUUUUCAAAUAUCUUUAAGCUUCUCGUAUUGAAAGUUCUAUGAUCGAUAAAUUACCAUAAUAAUUUAAAGAAAUUUAUAAUUAACUUGGACCAUAUAAUCCUCCUGAUUAAUAAGUUUAGGUUGAUAAAUAAAUGUAAAUUUAUAUUUUGGAAGAUGAAUCUUUUUAUUAAGGAAUAAUGGAAGAUAAUAAAAAAUAAGGAUUUGGUUACUAUUUAACAUAAAAUGAAUUUUAUGAAGGCUUUUAUGAAAAUGAUGAAAGAAAAGGUUGGGGAAGAGUUAUAAAUUAUUAAGGAUAUUUGGUAAAAUAUAAAUGAAAUUAAUAUUUUAGAGUGGUUAUUGGUAAGAUGGAGCUAUGUAAAAAGAGAUGGAAGUAAAAUAAAAGAACUAUUCAUAUAAAGGUUAAUGUAAAAAUUCAGCUCCUCAUGGACAUGGAGUAUUAGAAAAACCAGAAUUUAUUUAUAAAGGUUUCUUUUUGGAUGGUAAAAAGUCAGGUAAAGGUACUUAAGAACUAAAAAUUAUAAAUGAAAAAUAUGAAGGUGAGUUUUUUGAUGAUAAAUAUCAUGGUGAAGGAACAUAUUAUUAUUCAAAUGGUAAACGAUAUAAAGGAAAUUUUAAAAAUAAUAAACCUGAUGGUAAAGGAGAGAUGCACUGGCCAUAACCAGAAAAUAAAUAUUACAAAGGUAUAGUUUCAUUCACAUAAUAUUAGGAGAUUUUGUGAAUGCUUAAAGAGAAGGAAAAGGAUAUUUUAAAAAUUCUGAUAAUUCAGAAUAUGAAGGAGACUGGAAAAACGAUAAACAGCAUGGUAUUGGAAAAUUUACAAAGGAUGGAAUCAUAGUGAUUGGUAAAUGGAAAGAUGGGAAUUUUAUGGAAGACGAAUAUUAAUGA